UCGGAGCGGGGUGUGAUGCGGCACUGCGGUUCCUAGUCCGUUACUCCCGCUUCUCCAGAGAGGGCGGAGGAGGAGGCUGGAGCGCGGCGGUGAUUUUGUGUCAGGGCUUCCCUGAGGCUCACCGAAAAGGCUGGCGGGGCUCAGGAAGAGGGGGCGUUAGGGACACACAUGCUGGCCCCCAGCCCCCGGGAGGGGAAGGGGGCUGGAGGCGAAGCCUGAGGGUUGUGGAGGAUGGUGUCUGCCCAGGGGGAAGGGGCGAGCCCUGCGUGUGGCUGGUGAGGGGCUUGCGGGCAAGGAGAGGCUCCGCGGGGUGGAAGCGGCUCCAUGCCCACUGGUGGGUGGAACGUGUUGAGCGGAAUGCAGAGGUCGGCUGUGGCGGCCGCUUGGAAUCCUCACCGCGGUUUCUAGCGGGCGAUUUCAUUUAGCCCACGUUGGGGUUAAUUCAUUGAGGGGCAGUUUCGCUGCUCCGGCUCCUCCAGGAACUGGGCAACCUUGACGGGCUUUUUGUCUGGCUGCUCCGGCCCCCUUUUUCUUCCUCCUCCUCCAGAUGCCUUUUUUCUGCCCCUCCUCGCCCGGUACAGACAUUUCCAGAGCAGGCUGCCGCUCGUGGCGACUGUCGAAGCCACUUCUUGGGAUUUGGGCUCGUUUGUUUCUGGGGCGUUUUUUGAGGUGGGAGAGUUCUCCUCCCCUCCAGGAUGGGAUUUUCUUCUCGCCCCGAAAUGGACUUUCAUUGAUUUCUGCUUACUUCAACGUUUAGUGACCAAUUCCUUAGGCAUAUUUUUGUGGUAGUUCCUUUUUUUUCCCCCCUCAUUUUUUUUUUUAAAUACAUUGUAAGAUGGAGAACGAGAUUUUUACCCCCCUUCUGGAGCAGUUCAUGACCAGCCCCCUGGUCACUUGGGUGAAAACGUUUGGACCUCUGGCCGCGGGAAAUGGGACCAACCUGGAUGAGUAUGUGGCUCUGGUCGAUGGUGUCUUCUUGAACCAGGUCAUGCUUCAAAUUAAUCCUAAAUCGGAGAGUCAAAGAGUAAAUAAAAAAGUCAACAAUGAUGCCUCACUCAGAAUUCAUAAUCUGUCCAUUUUGGUGAGACAGAUAAAAUUUUAUUAUCAGGAGACUUUGCAGCAAUUGAUCAUGAUGUCAUUGCCGAAUGUCUUAAUCAUUGGCAAAAAUCCCUUUUCUGAACAAGGCACAGAAGAAGUUAAAAAGUUGCUUUUACUUUUACUGGGUUGUGCAGUUCAGUGUCAGAAAAAAGAAGAAUUUAUUGAAAGAAUUCAAGGUUUAGAUUUUGAUACAAAAGCAGCUGUUGCCGCACAUAUUCAAGAGGUAACCCAUAAUCAGGAAAAUGUAUUUGAUCUACAAUGGAUGGAAGUGACUGAUAUGUCUCAAGAGGAAAUUGAACCACUUUUGAAAAAUAUGGCAUUGCAUCUAAAAAGACUUAUAGAUGAAAGAGAUGAACAUUCAGAGACUAUCAUAGAACUCUCUGAAGAGCGGGAUGGUCUUCAUUUUCUACCCCAUGCUUCUUCAUCUGCACAGUCACCAUGUGGUUCUCCAGGCAUGAAACGAACAGAAAGUCGACAGCAUCUGUCAGUAGAAUUGGCAGAUGCUAAGGCCAAAAUAAGAAGACUAAGGCAAGAAUUGGAAGAAAAAACUGAACAGUUACUGGACUGUAAACAGGAACUUGAGCAAAUGGAGAUAGAAUUGAAAAGGCUGCAACAAGAGAACAUGAAUUUGCUCUCGGAUGCCCGAUCUGCAAGAAUGUACCGAGAUGAAUUAGAUGCACUUCGAGAGAAGGCCGUCAGAGUUGAUAAGCUUGAAAGUGAAGUCAGCAGAUAUAAAGAGAGACUGCAUGAUAUUGAAUUUUAUAAGGCAAGAGUUGAGGAAUUAAAAGAAGACAAUCAAGUUUUGUUAGAAACAAAAACCAUGUUGGAAGAUCAGUUAGAUGGAACUCGAGCCCGUUCUGAUAAAUUGCAUGAAUUAGAAAAAGAGAAUUUACAACUAAAGGCUAAACUGCAUGAUAUGGAGAUGGAACGUGAUAUGGAUAGGAAAAAGAUUGAGGAACUAAUGGAAGAAAACAUGACUUUGGAAAUGGCACAGAAGCAAAGUAUGGAUGAAUCCUUACAUCUUGGCUGGGAGCUGGAACAGAUAUCCAGAACUAGUGAACUUUCUGAAGCACCACAGAAAUCUUUGGGCCAUGAGGUAAAUGAGCUGACAUCAAGUAGAUUAUUGAAGUUAGAGAUGGAAAACCAGAGUUUGACUAAAACUGUAGAAGAGCUUCGGAGUACUAUGGAUUCUACAGGAGGCAAUACUUCCAAAAUCCUGAAAAUUGAAAAAGAAAAUCAGAGACUAAGUAAAAAGGUUGAAAUUCUUGAAAAUGAAAUUAUUCAAGAAAAGCAAAGUCUUCAGAAUUGUCAGAACUUAAGCAAGGAUCUAAUGAAGGAGAAAGCUCAGCUUGAAAAAACAAUCGAAACUCUUAGAGAAAAUUCAGAAAGACAGAUUAAAAUAUUGGAACAGGAAAAUGAGCAUCUGAAUCAAACCGUGUCUUCCUUGAGGCAGCGUUCCCAGAUAAGUGCUGAAGCAAGGGUGAAGGACAUUGAAAAAGAAAACAAAAUUCUCCACGAAUCUAUCAAAGAAACAAGCAGCAAGCUAAGCAAGAUUGAAUUUGAAAAAAGACAAAUUAGAAAAGAAUUAGAACAUUAUAAAGAGAAAGGAGAACGAGCAGAAGAACUUGAAAAUGAAUUGCAUCAUCUUGAAAAGGAGAAUGAAUUGUUACAGAAAAAGAUAACCAAUUUAAAAAUUACUUGUGAAAAAGUUGAGUCCUUAGAACAAGAAAAUUCAGAGCUAGAAAGAGAAAAUAGGAAGUUGAAAAAAACUUUGGAUAGUUUUAAAAACCUUACUUUUCAGUUAGAAUCACUAGAAAAAGAGAAUUCCCAGCUAGAUGAGGAAAACUUAGAACUGCGAAGGAAUGUGGAAUCUUUGAAAUGUGCAAGCAUGAAAAUGGCUCAGCUACAACUAGAAAAUAAAGAGUUGGAAAGUGAAAAAGAGCAACUGAAAAAGGGUUUAGAACUCAUGAAAGCAUCUUUCAAGAAAACGGAACGUUUAGAAGUUAGUUACCAGGGUUUAGAUACAGAGAACCAAAGAUUACAGAAGGCUCUAGAAAAUAGCAAUAAAAAAAUUCAACAAUUAGAGAGUGAACUACAAGACUUAGAGAUGGAAAAUCAAACAUUGCAGAAAAAUUUAGAAGAGUUAAAAAUAUCUAGCAAAAGACUAGAACAGCUGGAGAAAGAGAAUAAAUCAUUAGAGCAAGAGACUUCUCAACUGGAAAAAGAUAAGAAGCAACUGGAGAAGGAAAACAAGAGACUCCGACAACAAGCAGAAAUAAAAGAUACCACAUUAGAAGAAAAUAAUGUGAAAAUUGGAAAUUUGGAAAAAGAAAACAAAAGCUUAAUCAAAGAGAUUUGUAUUUAUAAAGAAUCCUGCAUCCGUCUUAAAGAGUUAGAGAAAGAAAAUAAGGAGCUUGUAAAGAGAGCAACUAUUGAUGUAAAAACUUUGGUCACAUUACGUGAGGAUUUGGUGAGUGAAAAACUGAAGACACAACAAAUGAAUAAUGAUCUAGAAAAAUUAACUCAUGAACUUGAGAAGAUAGGAUUAGAUAAAGAACGACUCUUACAAGAUGAGCAGAAUACUGAUGACAGAUACAAACUUUUGGAAUCAAAACUAGAAUCUACUCUAAAGAAAUCCCUUGAAAUAAAAGAAGAAAAAAUUGCUGCCUUAGAAGCUCGAUUAGAAGAAUCCACAAAUUAUAACCAGCAAUUACGCCAGGAACUUAAAACAGUGAAAAAGAAUUAUGAAGCUCUGAAACAGAGACAAGAUGAGGAAAGAACGGUGCAGAGCUCUCCUCCAACAUCUGGUGAAGAUAACAAAUGGGAGCGAGAAAGUCAGGAAACAACCAGAGAACUUUUGAAAGUUAAAGACAGAUUAAUUGAAGUAGAAAGAAAUAAUGCUACACUGCAAGCAGAAAAGCAGGCAUUGAAAACUCAACUGAAGCAACUGGAAACACAGAACAAUAAUUUGCAGGCUCAGAUUCUUGCACUGCAGAGGCAAACAGUAUCAUUACAGGAACAGAAUACUACUCUUCAGACACAGAAUGCGAAGCUUCAGGUCGAAAAUUCUACCCUGAACUCCCAAAGUACCUCACUUAUGAACCAGAAUGCACAACUCCUAAUCCAGCAGUCGGCCUUAGAAAAUGAAAAUGAAUCUGUAAUCAAAGAGCGAGAAGACCUGAAAUCGCUCUAUGAUUCUUUGGUCAAAGAUCAUGAAAAACUGGAACUUCUUCAUGAGCGGCAAGCUUCAGAGUAUGAAUCUCUUAUUGCCAAACAUGGAACACUAAAAUCGGCACACAAAAAUCUUGAGGUGGAGCAUAAAGACCUUGAAGAUCGGUAUAAUCAGUUACUAAAACAGAAGGGACAGUUGGAUGAUUUGGAAAAAACAUUGAAAGUAGAACAGGAGAAGAUGCUGCUUGAAAACAAAAACCAUGAGACUAUAGCUGCAGAAUACAAGAAACUUUGUGGCGAAAAUGAUAGGUUGAAUCAUAUAUAUAAUCAGCUUCUAAAAGAAUCUGAAGUUUUACAAGCAGAUCAUAAAAACUUGAAAAGUCUUUUAAAUAAUUCCAAACUGGAACAAACAAGAUUAGAAGCUGAAUUUUCUAAGUUAAAGGAACAAUAUCAGCAGUUGGAUAUCACAUCAACCAAAUUGAAUAACCAGUGUGAGUUGCUAAGCCAGCUAAAAGGAAAUUUAGAAGAAGAAAAUCGACAUCUGCUAGAUCAAAUUCAGACAUUGAUGCUACAGAAUAGAACACUGUUGGAGCAGAAUAUGGAAAGCAAGGACCUUUUUCAUGUUGAACAAAGACAGUAUAUUGAUAAAUUAAAUGAAUUAAGACGACAAAAGGAAAAACUCGAAGAAAAAAUUAUGGAUCAAUACAAAUUUUAUGACCCAUCUCCUCCUCGAAGGAGAGGCAACUGGAUUACUCUGAAAAUGAGAAAAUUGAUAAAAUCUAAAAAAGAUAUUAAUCGAGAACGUCAAAAAUCUCUAACAUUAACUCCUACCCGCUCAGACUCCGGUGAAGGAUUUCUUCAACUACCUCAUCAAGAUAGUCAGGAUAGUUCUUCAGUAGGUUCAAACUCUUUAGAAGAUGGCCAGAAUUUGGGAACCAAGAAAAGCAGCAUGGUUGCACUGAAAAGACUGCCCUUUUUGAGGAACAGACCGAAGGAUAAAGACAAAAUGAAGGCCUGCUAUCGUCGUUCCAUGUCCAUGAAUGACCUGAUGCAGUCCAUGGUCCUAGCAGGAGGACAGUGGACAGGUAGUACUGAGAAUUUGGAGGUUCCUGAUGAUAUUUCAACUGGUAAAAGAAGGAAAGAAUUGGGAGCUAUGGCCUUCUCUACUACAGCCAUCAACUUUUCAACUGUCAACUCUUCUACAGGCUUCAGAUCCAAGCAGUUGGUUAAUAAUAAAGAUACUACAUCUUUUGAAGAUAUAAGUCCACAAGGUAUUAGUGAUGAUUCUAGUACGGGAUCAAGAGUUCACGCUUCAAGACCAGCCAGCCUUGAUAGUGGCAGAACAUCCACUAGCAAUAGCAAUAAUAAUGCUUCACUCCAUGAAGUCAAAGCAGGUGCCGUUAAUAUCCAAAGCAGACCACAAAGCCACAGCAGUGGAGAAUUUAGUCUGCUUCAUGAUUAUGAAGCUUGGUCCAGCAGUGGUAGCAGUCCAAUCCAGUACUUGAAAAGACAAACCAGAUCAAGCCCAAUGCUUCAGCACAAAAUGCCUGAAACAUUAGAGAGUCGAACAUAUCACAAGAUAAAAACUGGGUCCCCUGGAAGUGAAGUUGUAACUCUACAACAGUUUUUGGAAGAAAGCAGCAAGCUUACCUCAAUACAGAUAAAAUCCUCAAGUCAAGAGAAUCUUUUAGAUGAAGUAAUGAAAAGUUUGUCUGUCUCCUCUGACUUUUUGGGAAAAAAUAAGCCAGUUAGCUGUGGCCUGGCCAGGUCAGUAAGUGGAAAAGCCCCAGGAGAUUUCUGUGAUAGACGGACAACUAAACCUGAACAGUUUGUGAGACAUGAUCCUCGAAAGACUGAGGAUGCUUCCUUCACUAGUUCUCCAGGGAAACCUACUCAAGGAAAGAGAAAAUUAGUAAAAGAAACUUCUUUGUCAAGACAAUCAAAAGAUAGUAAUCCUUAUGCCACUUUACCUCGUGCAAGCAGUGUGAUCUCUACUGCUGAAGGAACUACCCGGAGGACAAGCAUCCAUGAUUUUUUAACCAAGGACAGUAGACUACCUGUAUCAGUUGAUUCGCCACCAGCUACUGCUGAUAACAACAUCACUGCAGCAUCUAAUGUGGACAAAGUACAAGAAAGCAGAAAUUCAAAAAGCAGGUCUAGGGAGCAACAAAGCUCCUAAUUCUUUUACCCACUACAUGACAUGUGGGCAAGUGAGAGAAAAGUGUCCUUCAGUUUCUCAGUAUGAAGCCUUUUUUUCUGAAGUAACAAGACACCCAACUAUAGGAAACAUUUAAAAAAUAUCUUUAAGGAGACUUUAAACAAUCCUUCGUGACUAGAGCAGGCAAGAAAUACAAAUCUUCCUUCCUUGAAUCAAGGAGCACUACUGGAGUCAACUGCCAAAAUUGUUAGGUUUUAGGACUUAUUAUACAUUGUACUGUUAAAAUCUGAUGAAUAAAGGAUAUUCUCUCACUAAGGACCAAGUAUUGGAAGGUUUCAAGAAAGACUCCAAGAACAAUCUACUUCUUUUAUCAUUUGUUUAUGAAUAUUUCCAUGUUUGCUUAAUGCUUCUGCUAAGUAGUAGCCAAAAUCUAGCCAUUUAUAUUUAGUUGUGUAAAUCUAAUUAAAUGCUGUAGUAUGUUGUGGAAUGUACUAUAUAUUAAGAUACAGAGGACAUUGUUUUGGCAUGUCAGAGCCUUAUUUGGCUAGCCGACUGCAUGUGUGUGUGGGUGUGGGUAUGGGUAUGUGUGCGUGUGUUUUAAGCCAUUUAUUUUUUGUGUGCUGCAAAAGAAAUUCGGUUAUAAAUCUCAAGAACAUAAUGAGACUAUAAAAAUUACAUUUAGUAUUAAUCUUUCUGUAUUCCCCAUUAACACUAAGCAUUCAUUUUGUUCAUGGAUCCAAGGUGGUAAGAGUGUUUUUCUGAAACUUCUUAGUAAGGUAGUUUUCAAGAAAAUAAUAUUCCCAAGAAAAAGCUGUUGUAUUUUAAUUCAUUCCCUUUCUUUAGCAUUCAGUUAUGUAUGUGUGUGUGUUUUUAACUUGAGAGCUGACUGUUGCUUAAGAAGUUUUCUUAUGACAAAAUUAAUGUAAAUAACUUACAUUUUUCCAGAAACUCAUUUAUUAAGGUUAUUGUUUAUUAAUAAGAAUUUUUCUGCUUUCUUUAUAAUAUUACAUAUUAAAGUUGGUAGCUAUUAUUGGUACUUUUGAAAUAUUUGUAUGAAUUUGUUACCUUAAACAUUUGAGGGAAGCACAAAAAAAGUAAAUUCAGUUAACCCAGGGAAACAUCAAUAUUUUGUAGCUCCAGUUUUAUAACACAGUUUUAUUUUCUUAUGCAUUCAAAAACGCAUUGGUACUUAUUAAUGAAAUUUUUUUUAUUUAACAUAAAUAUCAGAAUAUUCUUAAUGGUCUGAAAUGAAAAAUAUAAUGACUUUUUGUUUUAACAGUAUACUUCUUAGGCUUUCAUUACCAGCUCGAAAUAUCUUUUUGGAAUAAUUUCAUAUCCUAUUGUGUGUGGUUUAUGAACUGUGUUUUAUUACUAACCCAGUAGCAUGAGAAAUAUGUGUCUCCCUCCCUAGUUCUUCCCUACUUUAUUUAGUAGGCUGAUAGCAUGUUGUAUUCAUAAUCUACUUUCAGAAAGCCCAAUCUAAGAAGAAAGACAGCAUGUGUAGUUAACCAGAAAUUGAAAUGGAAGUUAGAUAAUUUGGAUUUAUUUAACUUAAUUCUGUCAUUAAUUUAGAUUUUGCCACCAAAUAAUGCUGUAAAGUUAUGUCACUUAUAAACUCUUGAAUGAAAGGUGCUAUGUAAGUGUAAAUACAAAAGAUUCUUACUAAAAUACAAAUAUUGCACAACAGACAUAUUUAAAAUCUAUUCUCUAGAUUUUGAAACAUUAUCUCUCCAACCUGACUCCCUAGAUCCAAGUAUCAAUUUGAUAACGGACAUCAGGGCUAUCUAGAGACACUUGCGUGUAAAAAAAUGUAAAUUCAUUUUUAGGUGGAUAAAUUGAGAGUAAAUACAGAUAUAUGUUUAGCUAAAUACUUUAAGUGGGUAAUUUAGAUUUAUAUUAACUAGCAUCUAAUUUGCACAACUAGGACACAUCCCAGGACAGUGACUGAAAGCUGAAAUUUAAUUAGUAAGAGUUGUCCCAAUGAGGUGAAUGCUAUCAGAGCUUAACCUCUCCAGAACAGUAAUCCUACAACAGGGAACAUUCCACACAAGUAGUACAUUAUUGCUUAGAGUAGAAAAUGCUUAAGGGCCGCCUAUGAAGUACUGAAUCUAAGCAGCCUGGCCCUGAGAAAAUGCAAUUAGAGGAACCAAGGGAACACUUGAAGAUACUGCAAAAGUAUCAAUUUCCCCAUUAUAUUCAUCACUGUUUUUGUACCUUUUCAAGGACUAGGUAAUAACCAUAGGAACAUUUUAUUUUCCAAAAAUAUUAACUUAAAUACCAGUUUAGUAGAAAGUCACUUUUUUUCCCUUAAACUUACACCAAACAAAAUUGUGGCCAACUAUAAACUAACUGACCAUUUUCCUUUUUUAGGCCAGAAAUGCUUGUAGUUUUCUUAAUUCAGUUCUAAUUUAAGACCUCAAUCCCCAGUGAAAGCUGAUCAGAGGACAAGUGACUUAGUACAGUGGGUAGAACACUUGCCUUGCAAGCAGCCAACCUAGGUUCAGUCUCCAGCACCCUAUAAGGUCUCCUGAGCUGAAUCUGGCUCCAAAACAAAGCUGAAGAAUUCAAUAUAAAGGGCAAUCAUUCUGGCCCAGAGCUCCCAUCAUAUAGCACUUCCCAUCGGCCAUGUGGAUAUGUUUGGUCCAAAUUUUUGAACUGGUGGUUACCAAAGAGUUCACAAAAUAGGUUUGUAUGUAGCACCUUUCAUGCAAGGCAUGGUAAGAGCCUAUUAAAAAGCACUGUGCAUAUUACAGAAUUACAGCCACCUCACAGAUUAUAGCCUGCUCUAUCUUACCGGUUUGUUAAGAAGUGGAAAGAUGUACCAAUCUGAAAUUAAAAUUAGGAGUAAUUAUGUAUGCUAAUGACUUUGUAUUUUAAGUUUUAUGAUAAAAAUGAAUUUCUUUUCUUUUCUGAUACAUUUAGUCCUGAGAUUUUUGCUUUCUUUUAAGCCUUGAAUGAAUAAUACAAAAGAAGAGAUCCCAUUUUAUAAAGUAAACCGUGAUGUACAUGUUGAAACAUUUGGACAACAAUGAAAAUGCUUUAUGGAUAAAGUUGUACUUAUAACACCCUUUAACAAAACCUGAUUUUAGAUUUUUUUUUCAAAUCAUGGGUUCUCUUUUUCUAAGUUCAUCAUUGUAUUUAUAAUUGUUAUUAAAUACCAAAUCAAAUAAUAUAAAAAGCUGUAACAUUUCCUUUACAAGUACUAAGAGAUUUACAAUGCUAUUAAGGGAUUUGGAUUUGAAUGGCAAAAUGUUACUACUUGGCAAUACGUAAAACAGUCACAGUUCAAUUCAUAACAAAAGACACCAUAGCUUGGUUGAUUUUGUAUUUCUAAAACCAAACACUUUUCAUUUUAGUCUUUAACUUUAUUCCUUAAAGUUUUUAAUUGGUUUAACAUUCACUUAUCAAACUGCUAUAAAAAGAAAUAAAACAGGUGAUUUUUGUAACAAGUAGUUAGUAAUCAUUUUAAAAAUAACACAAUCUUAACCAAAUGCUGUACUUUGAUUUUCUUGUUUCCUAGAGAACUUAUUUUCACAUAUAGCUUAGGUCCCUGUUUAAAUACUGCUCUCCUACUAAAUCAUUUAGGGAUAAAUAUUGAGGUUAUGUGAGAGAGGGUGGGAAGAGAGAGAGGAAUUUGCGUAUGUGUUGUCAAUCACAAAAUAACUUGAAGUGCAAUCUAAUAGUUAUAGAAACAAAUCUCUCACUUUUAUGUAUCAUAUUUUAGAAGGCAAAAUGUUAAGAGAACGCAGCCAACCUUGAAUUCUUGUGUAGAAUGCUCUUUUUAGGUCUGUUUUCAAGCAUAAGGUAUAGAAGGGCAGUUUGUCCAGUUAAGGUCCUCCGUGUCUUUGUAAUAAUUUUAGAUGUAGGGCAACCUGAAUUUCUUCUUUAAAAUAUGGGAAAUGAUGAAAGCUAACACGGCACCUAAGAAUUUAUGGAGAACUUUUCUUACUGAUAAGAAUUUUGUUGUUGUUGUUUUAGAGUAACCCAGCAGUGUUUAGGGCUUAAUCCUGACUGUGCUCAGGGAUCAUUCCUGGUGGGACUGGGGGGGUCAUAUGCUGUGCUAAUCUGAUUAAACCCGGGUUGGCCUCAUGGAAGUCAAAUCCCUACCCGCUUUACUCUCUCCAGGUACUAAAUUGACCUAUCUUAAAUAUAGUUUAUAUUUUAUGAGAAUUCUGCCAUGGUAGUGCCAGGGGUUAAAGCCCAUGCUUUGCAUGCACCCAGGUUUGAUCUCUUGCACUAGGUGCUCUCCUGAACAUCUCGAGUGUAGCCUUGGAGUUCUCCAGUUAUGGCUAGGGUUAAGCCCUGGCACUAAGGGCCUGAACAGCACUGAAUCCUCAGGCCCUAGCAUUGAACUGCUGCCCAGUUGGGCUCAUUUGGCCAGAGUCACUAGGAGGGAACCCUAUGCCUCCUGAGCACUGUUGGGGAGAACCUCCAAAAUUCAACCAGGAGUAAACAUCUGAUUAUUAGACAUUUUAAAGUUUUAUUUUGCCUUUUAGCAACAGAUUAGUGUCUCUGCCAGAGGGAAAUUUGAAUGAUCAAACAAGAAAAUAUGUUAAUCAUAAAAAUAUUCCAUUUGAUUCCUUGUACUAAAGGAAAACAUAAUUCUCAUGACAUUGUUUUUGUAGUUAAGUUUUUGUCAGACCCUCAACUGAAGGGUUUUAUUUUAAUUUGAGGAAAAAUGUGAAUGUUCCUCUAUUAUUGACCUGUCUUCUUAUAAGACAACUGACAAUAGAUUAGUGUAGAUUCUUUUAGUAUUUCAUAAGCCAUAGUUCAAAGGAGACAAAUUUAAAUAGAACAAAGAGAAGUUUGUUCAAGUAUAUUCACAUUUCUAAUCUCUGAACAAUUCCUAAACAAAUCCUUAAUGACUUAUCUAAUUGUUAGUUUUAAAAUUAAUUCUAGGCUCAGUAUGUAGCUUAGCAGUUUGGAUGUGUAAGGUCCUGGUUUCAAUCCCCAGUAUCACUAAAAUAAGUUAAUUGUAUUAGAAUAAUGGUAAAACAUUUUCCAUUUGAGUGUUUUUCUAUAUUAAAACUUUAUAGAUAUCCUUCAUGGAAAGUUAACUUCCACUAGGGGAAAAAAUGGUUUAUAAACACCAAAUAAUAGUGUUUGCCUUUGGUUCCUCAUCACCCAUAUUUUAUUUCAGGCACCUUAGUUUACAAACUUAUAGGUGGGUUUUCAUACAUGAAAUACGAAAUGCUCUUUCUGCAGAUUUCUUACUCCUCAUUCCACAUUCUCUAAAGAUAGACAUUAUCAGUAAUUUAUUUCUAUAUUCUUUUUGAUUUCUUUGCCUAUACUAACAAGUAUACUUUUAUAUGUGCUAUUUUUUGCAACUUGUUUUCAUCUAUAAUGACCACCGUAAAGAUGGUAGUUAAUAUGUUAGUCAGUUCGUCUUUAGUCUCAGUGUUAAUUUAUUCUUAAUUACCUAAGGUUUUCCUGUAAUGAAUAAUUGUCUUGAGGAGUUAGAGGAUGAAUUGUCUGUCUGAAAUGACUAAAAUUACCUACUAUUUUCUUUUUAAAAUAUCCUUGGGGUGGGAAUGUGGGUCAGAUGGAGAGCAUGUACCUAGCAUAUUAAAUGGCUCUGGGUUCUACCCCCAGUAUCAAAAAAUGUAAGAACUUUUGAAUUUAGAUCACAUAUUUCUCCUAAGAUGAUUUUGAUGGUCAUCAAUCCUAGGUGCUAAGUAGUCUUAAUUCUUUAAGUGCUAUUUGUAAAUUAUAAACAGGAAGAACAACAUUCAGAAAUAAAUUUAUUCUAAGCAUU